AUGUAUUUCAAUAUGAAAGCUACGAAGAUUCUGAAACAGGAUUUAGCCAUCCUUAAAAGGUUGGAUAUUUUGAUUUCGACCCCUAAAGCAAAGAGAGUUUCUUUGGUGAAGUGGCUUCCGCCUUGUUCAAAUUGGGUUAAACUUAAUAUUGACGGGAGCAGUUUGGGAAAUCCUGGUCCAGCUGGGGCUGGGGGUGUCAUUCGUGAUGCAAGUGGUCAUAUGUGUGCAGCUUUCUCUGUUUCCUUAGGUCAGGAUUCUAAUAAUUAUGCUGAAUUGAAAAGCUUGCUGGAAGAUUAUUGGGAUGAGCUUCAAGUAUGUCUUGAUCGCUUGGAGUAUAGUAUGAGCCAUGUUUUUCGGGAAGGAAAUGCAGUAGCCGACUAUUUUGCGAAAGAGGGUUCUAGAGGGUCUAGUAUGGAGUGGUUUGAAGAUAGGUCUCUUCCCAAUCAAUUAAGAGGUCUGCUCAGAAUGGAUAGAGCUGGUAUUCCCUAUCUGAGGAUAUCUUCGUGA